AUGAGUUUAUCUCCAUGUCCAUGGAAUUACGAAGAGGAUUACGAAGAGAAUCACGAAGAGGACGAGGAGGAACCCCCCGUUCCAGAAGCCCCCACUCCAGAAGCAGACGACGAUUUUCCAGACGACGUGGAGGAGGAACCAGAAGUGCAGAAUGAUGGUCAAAACGAAGAGGAGCACAAUCUAGAUGCACUACACGAACGUCUUCGGAACAUGGCCAGAAAUCCUCCCAUCUUUGAACAAGACGCCACCGACUGCAUCGUUUGUACCAAUGGCUACAGUACCACUUGUUUCCCCGUCGUUCUCAGAUGUGGACACUCGAUUUGUGAGGAGUGUGCGGGAACGUUGUUGGCUAUUGGUGAUGGUUUCAUUCAUUGUCCAUUCUGUCGAUCGGUCACUAUGGUAUACGGUAGUGUGCGAGAGCUGCCAAGGAACUAUGCGUUAAUGCAGAGGAUUGGAUGA